UGGAAGACGCACGCCAAAAGGCUCUCGUCCUCCACGUCCGCCGUCAUGGCGAAAUAAAAGCGGAAAUGGAUCGGGACACGCUCUCGGCAAAAGGAAAACAACGAUAAGUUCCAACGACACGUCCCUUCUUCCUGCUUCCGACGUGCUCCUUAUUGCCGCCCGGUGGCUUCGACGAGAACUGCGAGCUAUCGCGAUUGAAUGGAGGCAAUCACUCAAAGCCGGGCGCUACACGACGUUCUCACUCGUCGACCAUUUUGAGUCAAUAAAAUAUUUUUAAAUAUCUAGCUUACAUUAUAACAAAUGCGUUUGAAAAUUCAAGAUGAAAUGAAAACGGAGAGAAGACUGUUGUAAGAUGGCCGCCGACUAUUCGCAUCUAGCGCUGAUAUGUCAUCGACGGCGUUGCUAAGCUGCGCACGCACGCACGCGCGUUCUGUUCAAAACUAUCUUCGUCGUCUCGCCCUCUCCUACCGGUCGGCGUCCGGCUUCAUCUUUCCGCCCGGGGUGUUUAAAUCCUGAAGCGGCUACAACUUUGAGCUCAUUCGAGCAGGGCCGGCGGAAGAAACGGACGGAGGCGGAGUCCGGUCAUGGCGACGGCCGGCGGCGCCACCAAGAUCUCCUGGCGACUGCAGGACUUUGAGGCUCACGCCGGCCGCGUUUGCUGCGCCGCGCUGGCCAAGAACACCGGUCGCCUGCUGGCCAGCGGCGGCGAAGAUUGCCGGGUCAACAUCUGGUCGGUCAGCAAGGCCAACUGCAUCAUGAGUCUGUGCGGCCACAGGAAAGCCGUGGAGUGCGUCUGCUUCAACGCUUCCGAGGAGCAGCUGGCGACCGGCUCGCAGUCCGGAUCCAUCCGCGUCUGGGACCUGGAGGCCGCUAAGAUUUUGCGAACUCUGACCGGCCACAAAUCCAACAUCAGCGCCUUUGCCUUUCAUCCUUUCGGGGAUUUUUUGGUAUCCGGCUCUACCGACGCCAACAUCAAGAUGUGGGACGGGCGGAGGAAAGGCCCAAUCACCAGGUUCAAGGGUCACGCCGGGACCAUCCGCAGUUUGGCCUUCAGCCCGGACGGCAAGUGGUUGGCGUCGGCCAGCGACGACUGCACCGUCAAGGUCAUUCCGUACUCUAGAGCUGAGCGGUUGUUUUGUUUGUUUUGUGGGCUUUCGCAGCUGUGGGACCUGAAGCAGGCCAAAACCAUCACAGAGUUCACGGCGCACACGGGCGCCGUGGCCGCCAUCCAGUUUCACCCCAACGAGUACCUGCUGGCCUCGGGCGGCGCCGACAGGUGGCUGAGGCUGUGGGAUCUGGAGAAGUUCUGCCAAGUGGGGGCGCUGCAGGACGCCAGCGCUGUCAGGUGCGUGAUGUUCAGUCCCGACGGCGGCUGUCUGUUCAGCGGCCACGCCGACGUCCUGCGAGUGUGCGCCUGGGAGCCCGAGCGCUGGCUGGACUCGGUGACGGCGGGCUGGGGACGCGUGGUCGAUCUCUCCAUUUGCAACCGGCAGCUGUUGGGCGUGUCUCACCAGCUGAGCGGCUUGUCCACCUACGUGGUGGACCUGAAGCGCGUCCGGGUCGGGGGCGCCGCGCCCUCGCCCACCGCCGACGGUAAAGCGCGGCGCAGCUACGAGGGCCAGGCCGCAGCCUGCCCGCCGCCGACAUCGUCGUCGCCUCCGGGGCGGCCCCGGGCCGAGCGCCGGAGCCCCGAGGGGGAGAGGCGGAGCCCCAGCGAGGACGAGGCGGACGACAAAGUCUCUUCGGCCGAGAUCCACGACGCCCUGGACUACCGAGAAAUAUUUCAGCCCCGCGACGCCAUCUCUCGGACCCCUCCCAGGAUGCCGGAGCCUUUUCCCGCCCCGCCGGAGGACGAGCGAGCGACAGAGGACGCGGCGCCCGUCCCCCAGCGGCGGCGGCCCUCGCCCGACCCGAAGACGGACGGGUCCGAAAGCGCGCCUUUGCGACAGGGUUCUCCGUCGCCCUCGUCCGCCCCGGUCCAGAGGGUGGAGCCCACCGUGGUGGCCUCGGCUCGGCCGCCGGCCAUUUUCCCCGUGGGCAGGAGCGAGCCCACCGGCCUGGACGUGGCCGACUUCCUGUCGGGCCGCCAUUCGGAGAUGUUGAGCGAAGACGAGGUUUUGAAUCACAUCCACAACGGUCACGCCACCAUGUGCGUUAUGCUUAGCAAUCGACGCAAGAACCUGCAAAGCGUCCGGGACGUCUGGGCCCGCGUGGGCAUCAAGAACGCCCUGGACGCCGCCGUCUCCAUGAACGACCUGUCCAUCGUGGUGGACGUCCUCAACAUCAUCAACACGCAGCCGUCGCUGUGGAAGCUUGACUUGUGCGCCAGCAGUCUCCCUCAGAUCGAAAAGCUGCUACAAAGCAAAUACGAAAGUUACACGCAGUGCGGCUGCUCCUCGCUCAAGCUGAUCAUGAAGUACUUCUGGCCGCUCAUCCGAGAGACGCUGAACGCCACGCCUUCGGUGGGCGUGGACGUGACGCGGGAGGAACGGCAGCGCAAGUGCCGCCUGUGCCGCCAGCGUCUGCGCGGCCUCCGCGACGUGGUGGAGAGCAAAGCGGCGCUGGCCGGCCGCCACGGCUCCGCCUUCGGGGAGCUGCGCGUGCUCAUGGCGCCCCUCGACCGCGACCCGGCAAACUAGCGACCCUUCCGCCUUUUGGAAAUACAGCGUCUUCGAUCAAAAUGGAGAAAGAGGCCUUUUCCCUCCAUUUUUAUAAUAUAUUUUCUGUAUAGAUCAAUAAAUCUUGGAACUGCAGUGGGCCACUUGUUUUAUAUAUUCAUUAACAGAAGUAGACACUGCCCCCUAGUGGCCAAUGAAAUAUGUACUUGGGGAGUCACAAUAUAUCCAUCAGAAAGGUGGUAAAUAGCGCUA